AUGGACUGUCUUCCGGACUCAGCCCGUGGCCUUAUUCCUGCCUGGGAGACGCUUCUACUAACAGGUGCCCUACUUGCCUCCUGCACCUGCUCGCCCACCUCCAAGCUGCCCCAGAUGGAAGGAGUUGGCAACCACCUGCCUGUCCCCGGAGCCCUUGAAGGAAUUCUCAGCACUUCUAGGUUCCGAGAGCAUGAAGCCCAGCCGCCAGCCAUGUCCUCUCCCGAGGGCCUCCCGGGACUUCCUCACACUAGCCAAGAGGUGCCACACACUGAAGAUAGCCUGGUCAUCGAGGAUGUGUCAGUUCAAGACUCAGAGAGCCACGCGGAGAUUCUGGACGCUGUCGAGUCCCACAGGAGUCUGACAGAACACGCUCAAGUCAAGUCCCACCGCAGGCAAAGCUGUGGCCACCCUAGUGACCAGGACCGCUCCAUCUGGGGAACUAAUGAGGGAUAUCCACAGAGACCAGAGCACCCCCACCGCAGAGACCAGAGUAGGCAGAACUGGGAUGAGGGAACUGUGGAGGUGCUACCUGAGCUGAUUAUGCAGACUCUGGGCAAGAAAGGGACAGAAAGAGAAGCCACCGCGGCUCCCACAGCUCCGGCCCCCACAGCUGCCUAUCCAAUGAAGCCGACCGACUACCUGUCGCUCUCAGGAGGAUCCGCCAUAGGCCUCGUCGUGGCGGUCACCCUGGGAGGCCUAGCACUGGUCGGAGCUGUCUGCUUCAUAUUUAGUCCUGGCACUUAA